CGCUCCGAAACUGAAAGCGGACCUCCAGCGAUUGCACAUGAGUCAGUGGGCGCCACCUUACGGCGAGCGACGGUAGUAGGGAGAAGAUGGCGUAUAUCAACAUUGCAGAAUGGACACCGGAGCACGUCGCGGACUGGUUAAGAGGCCUGGACGACAUCAUUAUACCAUACGUGCACUUCUUCCUCAACAACAACAUCGAUGGCCACCACCUGCUCACCCUCGGUCCAGAUGAUCUCACUAGCCUCAACAUUUCAAAGGUCGGCCACCAGGAACUCAUCCUCGAGGCAGUUGACCAGUUGCGUCAGCUGCACUACAAGCUGAUCACAGAGAACCUGCAGUCACUGGCACUGAAGCUUGGCUGCAGAGCACGCAGUGUUUACAAUGAAAUCAAGCGUAUGACAACAACAGACCAGGAUAAUGUCGUGAAUAUUGCCACCAGCAUCCUGGCUGAUGUCUCGGAGGUCCUGCUUGCUGUCAAGUCUUUCGUCUCAUGGCUGGACAGGGCACCCUUUGAAGGCCAGGAGCGUUACACCAACAUACGGCAGACGGUGCUCAAGCUGGGCAUCGAGCUGGCAUCCACGGCUCAGCGAGACCACUUCGCAGCCAAGCCCUAUGCUGUCAUACAGAGCAGUUGCUACAACCUGGCCGACAUUUGUGAUAUCAUCAUUCAAGAGUGCCAUGAUUCCCUCAUCAUCCAGCCUGCUUCUCUUGAUGUAGCCACUGUCAAGAAGAAGACAGAUGAAGAAUGGGGCAUGCAGAUCAAUUCAUCUUACUCGGGCAUCCACGUUGUCGGCGGAGUGAAGUUUCAGAGCCCGAGCCAUCGAUGUGGCAAAGUGGACGUUGGCGACGAGAUUGUCCAGAUCAAUUACCAGACGGUGGUGGGAUGGCAGCUGAAGCACCUCGUCUACAUGCUUCAGGAGCACCCCACGGAAGUUUUGCUUACCCUGAAAAAGAGGCCGCGACACACAAAUAUCUUGGGGCAGGUAAUAGUGCUGAGGCCAUACAGGAUACCACUAAAGAAGGUUACCUAUGGAAAAGUGAUGUGGCCGGAGAACGGUGUCCAGCCAGUAAGCAUCGAAGAAGUCUUUCCUGUCAAGACACAGCAAGAGCCGUCAAGCCCUAGGGCCGUGCUUCGGGAGGUGGAAGACGACGACUCGGCGUUUUUGCCAGACGCAGCCGUGCAGAGUGCCACGUCGACGACAACUGCUUCGGUCGCGGCACCGUCGUCUAUCCGAGCCCAAGUGUUCCCUCCGCGGUCUCGAGCUGCCAUUCAUCGGCGAGCCACGGUCAGCGGUGCGUCCCCUACGGUCACGAAAGCACCCGUCAGUCUGCAGGAUUUGGUUGCCGGUGGAAUCCCUGGUCUCUUCGGUGGUAACUCGAAGAAGAAAGACACAGUGUUUCGUUCGGUUUCUCAUGAUCCUGGCUGUCACGGUGCCGGUGGGAAGCUGGCCGUGGCAGAUGGCUCUGGCAUAGAAGAUGGGAAGGAGCCCGAAACAAAGGGGGCUGAACAGCAUCCGGAGAAAAAGCAGGAGCCGGCGAUGAACGCGGCCAGGGAGGCACCCAUGAUGUCCAAAGGCAGGACGGCGUCCGACUCGGCAGUUGUCCCGCUGGUAGGGAGGUCCUUUGGGAUGGCGAGCACACUUUCGUCGCGUCUCAGGGAAGCGAGAGGCUUGACAACAGGGGAGUCGACAAAGCAGUCCUGUGGUCCCGCUGCACCAGCCAGUGGAAGUCGGCCUGUGGUUGACAUGAGGUCAGAAAUUGGAAGCCAGUCGCCACGGGAGAGGAGGCUGUUUGGACCGGGCACGGGCAAGCGGUCACCCAUGGUCACACUCAAGGUUCCCAAGAUAGAGGACCUGAAGCACAAUCAUCUGCACAGUAGGUCCAGCAAGGCCAAGGCUCAGGAGCCGCUUUCAAGUGCCCAGGCUAACCCUAGUAGCAGUGAUGCGCCUGGUGCAAAGGUUGGUUUUGGUGCCAAAGAAUCUCCCAAGAAGCCUCUUGCCCAACCUCCAGCCAUGAACACAAAGACACAAUGUUCAGAGAGCACACUAGGGAAUCGUGGGGUGCCGUGCCCGGAGCUGGGGGUGGCCGAGUGCGAAGGGUGGCUCCUCCGGCGCCGGUGGAGGGGGCAGCAGCAAGCAGCGCCCCUCCUAGCAGGGGGGAGGACGGCAGCGCCAGCGAUGGCAGCCCUUCCUCCCUGGCGCCGCCGCUGGGUCCUCCUCCGGGGUCCCCAGCUCUUCCUCUACGCCACUCCCCAGGACCAGAAAGCAGAAUGCCUGCUGUAUGUGCCUGGUUUUGUGGUGUCCCUUGCGCCCGACUGUAAAUCUAAAAACUGUGCCUUCAAGCUCUCCAACUCCGAAAACACUUUUUAUUUCGCAACAGAGUCCCAAGCAGAUACGUCAAGAUGGUUAACCAAGCUUCAACAGGCGGCCAAACUUUGCCCGAAUUACUCAGGUCCAUGCAUCUGGGCAAGUGAUAGUGAUGAAGACGCAGUGCUGGACAGCGCAGUGUUCAAGCCAGCAUUGUCAUCCUCAUCAUUUGCCAGCCACAAGAUCAGCCUAGCGCCGUCACCUUUGGACAGGCCAAGACAGCCGUCUCCAAAGCCAAUGCCCAGAACUAUAUUUCUGCGCUCAACUGUGUCUCCUGCACAGUUGACAGACAGAUCAGCCACUCUUUCCCCGCGACGAACCACUGGCGAGCCGCCAACGACGAGCGCUUCAAUCUCCUCACUGCCCAGAAAUCGUGAGACGUCCAAAUCCCCGCCAGCGGCGCCGUGCCCUUCAUCAUUGGAGUUGUCCUCAGAGUGCAGUGAUGGCUCUACGUGCAGCGUUACUGCAAAGCAGAGGUUAUCGGGUGCCUGGGAUAGGUAUAGUGAUGCAUUGGGUGUUGUUGUGCAGCCAGCAAAGCGAGAUUUCAGUACUGCUAAGUCAAAGCCUCCAUCAGGCCUUUAUAUGAACGUUUCCUUCAAGCACAACAGUAGUGCCAAGGAGCCGUCCACACCAGCCGGCACGAGCUUGCCCCCACCGAGCGAAUCGACUCUCGGAGCCAACAAUGGCAAUUCAGCCAGAUUACCGAACCUGGCGCCUCCGUCUCCGGUGCUGUCUCGCGCCGUGCAGCGCCGCCCGUCGGACUCCGCCAAGUUGUCGCGAAGCAAGACCGCGGACAACUUUCCGCAGAUGCAAACGCCGAAGGGCGAAACGCUGCUCGACCGAGAAUACAACAGGGUGUUUAAGAAAUCGCCAUCGGCGUCGUCCUCUCCAGAUCCUGCUGCUCUCUCGGAUAGCCCAGCCACGUCCCCGGUGCCACUGCCAGUGCUGACUAAUUCUCUGAUGCCGCGCUGUGCCACAAGCCAGGAGAUCAAAGACCUCUACACGAAUCGCCGAAACUCGUGGAGAGGCUCCCAGCAGGAGUUGAUGAUUCCGCUUUCGUCGGUGGGCAGCAGUGACCUCGGCUCUCCUCUCGAAGGGUGUGUGCAGUCACCAGACUACAGCUAUCGGGACUACUCGUCACCCGAUUACCCGUCGCAGAGGCCGGACGUCAUUCCAUCCCAGUACCACCAGAAUCGGUCCACCACCCCAUCCGAGGAGGCGGGCACCGACCCGUGGCUUCCUCGCAGCGUCCCGAGUCCUUCGCAAGGUGUUGAACGAACACCGCGAGGCGAGAAGCUGUCGUCGUCGUCUUUCCUAAAGGCAGGCUCUGCGCCUGUGUCAGCUUGUUGUCAGGCGGCGCCAUCUCCCACACCAGCGAAGACAUCGAGCCGUUUCUUUCACUCACCGAAGUUCCUCAAGAAGUUUGCAUCCUCGACACGCGAGGGCCUGUCCAACAUCUUGCGUUCACCGCGGCUUGAGAGAAAGAAGCUGAGUGCCGAAAGGGAUAUGUACGGGUCUCCCAAGCUUAGUCGUUCUGCUGGCGUCAGAUUACUGAAGUCGUCAGCGUCUGCAUCUGCAGUGUCAUCAUCACCUGCAGAGGUCCCUGAGGAGUCAUCGCCAUCGCCGUUGACACACAAAAGCGGUAGCAGCAGCAGCCUCAACAGCAGCACUUCGGCAGGCAGCUUCGUCACGUCGUCGUCUUCGUCGCACUGCUACGCCGAAGUGUUUGCGCCACCAGGAUCGGCACCCCUGGCACGGCCCGAGACACCGGAGACGCCGCGCGCAAGGCCAACGAUGGGAGUGUCCAUGCUUCGGGGCAAGCGGCGCACUUCGUCGAGUGCCGCGGGAUCCGAGGAACGUUCCUUUUCGCCCUGCUCGUUUGCGUCGUCUGCCGGAGGGAGUGGCAGCGGUGCGCCAUGGGCUCGGGAUGAUGGCAGUGUUUUCGGCGAGGAGACAUCACCUGGAGGUGGCGAUGCUUUCCAGUUUGGACAUGGCACAGAUGGGAGCCCCGAAAGCGCUUUAGGAAGUGGAUCUGAAAGGGAGUGACGACACUGUGAGAUCAUAGUGGCAAUUAAGGACGGAAGGUGGCAUGCACCGAACCAAAACAGUGACUAGUAUUCAGUGUGGUUAGGCGUUGUCACACUUCAGAUGCACUACACAUAUAUGGGAAUAUUGAAAGACAGAACCUUCUUGUUACGUUUCGUUGUUUCUCACCUGUUGAAAUUCUCUGCUCUGCUACGAGUAACAUGCUGCUGCAAAGGUCUUCUGCUUACCUGUUAGCGUUACUACCACCAGUAACAGCUCUAGCAUUGUCUUUCAGUGAUAAAGUUGGUCAUUCUUGCAUGGCCAAGGGACCGUUGCCAUUUAGUGAGGUACUGCGCGUUACAGUUAUAAGAGUGCCUCAUACACGUAACAAUCACCAGUUUCGGUGAUGAGUGCAUGAAAUCGCUUUUGGCGCCAUUUUAGCGCCAUCGAAGUGAUCAAAUUUGCUUAGUCAACAGUUGGAAGAUGCUGAUAAAUCAACACUGGUACUAGUAACAAUAACUUACUUACUGGUUGCAGCCUUUGUAUGAAACUAAAAAUACUGACCGACAAGGAAAGCUGAUGAUCCGCCAUAGUUAUUUUUGAAGUUUGUAGGCAUUAUCUCGUAGAAAGGAACUGCUGACUGAAGUCACCUGUGCCUGUUCGUUCCUACCAGGCACUAAGGCGACUGGUAGUCUCUAGUGACCCAUAAUCAUUCAGGGGAAUGAAUGUUGAGCGUUGUGCUGUUGUCUAUUAAAAGUGGCGGCUGUUCAGAAAGUUGGUUACACUAUUACAUCGCAACCUCUCAUACGGUGUUCUGAGAUCACGCAGAUUCCACACAUUCCCAUCAAAUUUUGUUACCAUCAGUUUUUUUUUUUUGCAUUGGUUAGACUGCGUACUCUUGUAGCAGCUGCCGACAGACCUUGAUGAGAGCUUUCCGUUUCUCGUAGCAAACUGGGUAUCACAAGGUACACACACAAUGCUCAUUCAAAGGUGCUGAUUAAUGCAAGGUUGUGGUGUUUUGGCACGAAGAUUGUCGUGUGUACCAUGCAAUAUUUAGGCCUAGUGUGACGGGAAAGCGUCACACUUGUAAAACAGUGCCAUCUUUUUCUUGGUUCCUCACUGUCCUCGAGGCAUUUCAGAUGAGGCUGGCGGUGCUUUUGUGAUUGUUUCAAAUGUUUUUUGACGCGCCUUGUCGCUGAAAGAGUGAGGAAUGUUUUGCGUUCCAGCAUUCUAUGGAGCCUAGGGAUGUUGAACAUGUGUGCAGUGCGCACUGUUUUUAGCUGCUCUUAAGCGAGCUGCCAUGUAUUGUGAGCUAUAAUGUGUUUUCUGUCUUGUAUGUAUUUGUGGUGACAGAGCUGCAACGGGACUUUGUAUUUAGAUUAGUGCAACCUGUCUCUCAUGAGCCACCUCCGUAGCGAAUAGUAGUAUAAAAACUGUAUUAUUCACUAACUCUUCCUCGGCUCUAGCCGCUAGUUUUUUUUUAAAUCUGCUGUUGUAAUUGCGUGCGAGUGUGCGACUAUGUGUUUUGCUGUCUUGCAGUGGUUUAUUAUGUAACUUGAAGCUCUUCUGAGAGGGCAGUGUGUUUGAGCCAAACUAUCCUUAAAGCUGUCUGAACUUUCUGCGCUCUUUUAUAGCUCCAUUCUGAGCUGUAUUCUCGUGCUUCGUCACAAUGUGCAGUGUAACGGAGAGCCAGCCGCCGUAUCUUUGGCGAGACUGGACCCUUCGAAGUGUUCAUGAACAAACUUUUUCACUCUUGCUGUUCUUUGUAGAAAGUUCCUGUUUUUUGACACACAGCUUGCCAUCUGAUGGUGUUCCUUACUGCAAAUCAUCUAUGCGAGAAAAAAAAAAAAAAUACCAGGGUUGUGCUCUUGCUGCACCGGCUAUGUCAUUUGCCAGUUGUGUGUUAGUAAAGGCAUCUUAGAUGAGCUUUGCGAUUGCAGCCGGGCCAUUGUGAUGGAAGCUCAUCGUGAAGCCUAGAGACGGGCAAUGGGCUGCCGAAUGUUGUGUGUGUUGGCGCGUGCGAUAAAUAUGUGGGAUGGAGUGAGAGAGGCCUGCGCUGCAUAUGGUGACUCCUGUUCAACCUUGUUGAUGCAUUCAAACUGAGAAGGAUGACGAAAAUGAGAUGUCAAGGAGAGCUGAGGAUUAAGUUUGUAUGAUAUGAAAUGGAGUUCAGAGUUUCCUGCUGAGAAUGUACAAACCGUGAAGCCAUAUUGAGUGGGAGUGCAUUAACAAGGUUUCGCGGUGUAAGCAUUAAUGUCUGCUGGUCUCUCUCUCUCGCUGUCCACUUUGUGUAUUGAGUUGCUCUACUAUUGUAGAGAAGGUGGUUCACUGUCAGGCUAAGCAUCUGCAGUAGUUAGCCCAGUACAGGUGGAAAUUUUGCAAGGUGAUUGAAUGAUUCACACCAUUUUAGUCUACUGCUUUUUUUAAGAUGUAUAGGAGAGUGUUGUUCUUUGGGGUAGAGCUGGGAGAGGGUUUUGUCAUCAUUUUUUACUCAGGGGCCAACUUGAAACAUCUAAUCAAGCUUGACAAUGUUUUGCUUUGACUUGUAUUGAACUUGCCCCCACUCAUUGAGGCGGGCAGCCUUUUUCAGUGCCAGCUAGGAUUGCGUGCUUCGUGGGUGAUGCACGGAAGUUGUCGCGAACAGCUGUUUGUUAUGGGCAUUGCUCGCAAGAGAAUCUUGUCGACGAAGGGGUGUGCCUUGAUAUCAUGGGCAUCACUUAAAUCUUGAUGCACAUUUUCGGAUGUCUGCACGUUACCUGCUGCUAUAGUAUGUAGCUGUAUUGUGGAGCGAAAUAUUGAAAAGGCCUUCUGAAAAAAAAAAAAAUCACAUAUAGCACUGCUCAGUCAGGCUCGAGUCUAUAUCUUGAGGGUCCCGCUGUUCUAGCACAUCCUUGAGCAAAUUGAAUCUGUGCUUUUCCAGUUUCUGCCUUAUAUUGCCUGCAUUAAGAAUGUUUUUUUGACAGCCUUGCUUGUAGAUGGUCAAGGUUAAUCUAUUACUGAGAAAGGCAAUAAUGUAUUAAGAAGACUUUCUGUUGGGCAAGUUGGUGUACAUUCAUAAUUGCUUUUAAGGUGUGAAAGAACACAAUCACAAGAAGGGACACUGGACAGAGCGCCUCUCCAACACAAGCAAUGUAUGCAGUUGCUCACAGCGUCAGUGAUCUGUUUUGGUUAACUUUCUGUCAUCCUGUGGUUCCUGUACGUUCCUCUGAUGCAUAAUUCAAGUCACAUGCGAAGCACAUGUCAGUGGCACAUUUGAUUGGUCCAAGGUAUGCUUCAAGUUGGUUUACAGCAAUGUGAAGACUUUUUGAGAUGGCAGCCAGAGAAAUCAUGCCCGAGCUGAGCAUUCAGCAGCUCCUAUAGCCAUUGGAUUGCUUGUAUUAUUGAGAAAGGCAGCAAUGUAUUAAGAGAACGCUUGACUUGAAUUUUGUUACACCUUGAUUUCUCUCAUAAAUCGGAAGUGAAAGCACACCUGAAUGUUCUGAUUUGGGAGUGUGAUACUGUGAAUGAACCAUGCGAAUUUGUUCCAUGUGCUUUGUUUUGUGUCCACCCAAAUGUGAAUUCCACCAUGAGAGCGCUCAUGGUGGAGCCAAUUGAAUGUACCAUUAGUGACAGUGCCAAAAGUCAUUUUCGGGGAUAUGUGGAGAGGUUAACCCAAUAUUCAGAAAUGUGUCUCGACUUGAAGCCACAACAUGGCUUGGCCGAGUCCAAAUAAAGUAAUGCCUGACAUUAACAUGCCGCAUAUGUUGAUUGCAUUUUCUUCAGCGCAAUCUUGAGAGGUGCUACGAUGAUUUCAAGUUUUCAAGCCAAGUCAUGGCGUUAAGUCACAUUUCUGAAUACUGGGAUAAGGAGGUAAUUUCUUGACGAGGAGUUAAGGGAAUCGAAGAAAUGUUCAACGUACGAUUGACAGUAUUCUUUCGCAGGAAAUUAGCAUGUGGGCUAAAAAAAAAAAACUUGCACAUAAAACUCUCACACCCCCUGCUUUCUUAGUAGUCACUUCUGGUUGAGUAAUUAAAAUGUUUGAUUUUUUUUCUUUUCUUUCAUAGUAGUCUCCUGUGAGUUGAGAUGCAGAUAUGUUCAGAUGCAGAGGCAUUAUGUACUGUGACAAUUCCGGUGAAUAAUAUCCUACCGGUGUUUUCUAUUAUAAUAUUGCUAAUAGCAUAAAACAUUUCUUUGGGACGUGAGAGACUGUAAAUUUUUAACUCGCAAUUAACAGUAUCAGCCCACAUAUAGUACAUUAUAACAUGUAUAGGAGGUACAGAACACGUAAUGCACUGGUGUAUUAUUUUUCUGAGGUAAUUAUACAGCUCAUUCGCCUUUGUAUAAGAUUCUGACGUAGAGCCAAACUACACAUAGGCAUUUGUGGUAGCUUAUUUGACAUUACAAUAUUUCACAUACACUUUUUGUAUGUUGUGGGUAGAUAUAUAUCUUAUAUCUUUACAUGUAAAGUUGCUGUGAAGUCAACACUCUAUGCUCCUUUGUUUAUGCUAUGUUCACUUUUAACAGGGGUUAUAUUUAACUUAAACGAUCAUGAUAAUACUGCUACAUAAUACGGUAGAAGCCAGGCCCAUCUUGUUUUGAAAACUGUGGGUUUUCAGUUUUCAAAAAUGAGCUUUCAGAAAAAAAAGUUAUGCGUUUCAUAAAAAGAAUGCUAUCAGUGAUGCUCUGAAUAACAUCAGGACCAUAGCCCGCUGUUGUAUCUUAGCAGGUGACAUGUCGUGUUGCGAGGCUCAAGGACAUGGAUUCAAUUCUCGGCCACAGUGGCUGCAUUUUGAUGUGUGCGAAACACAAGGACAACCUUGUCCUUCGAUUUAAUUGCAUGUCAAAGAGCUCUGGGAGGUCAAAAUUAAACCACGAUCCCGUGCCGUAGUGUGCCUCAAUCGUACCAUGAUUUUGGCAUGUAAAACCCAAUAAUUACAUUGCAUAGUCACGUAAUAAAUUUCAUUAACUACCCCAAGACCCAUCAUUACAUCUAUUCUGCAGGCUUACGAUGAAGAAUGGUGGCAUUAAGCAUUUCGUAAAAUGCUGCCAGUUCAGGCCUGAGUAACACAUACUAGUUAAGAGAGAGAAUCGGUAUUCGCCUCGAUGUCUUGGCAUUCGCUGGUCUUUGUGAAAAAUGUGGCCAAAGCUUUCAUCUUUCACAUGAACUGUCUUGACAUCAAUUUCUCUUUAUACUUUGCUCAAGGAUGUUCUAAACGGUUGGACCUUCGCAGCAUUUUUUUUUGUCCACAUUGUCUGAGCUGUAUACGCCUUUCUGUACAGUAGUGUUAGUGCACACAACUAACUUUGUUUGGUGUGCCAUUGUUGGUGAGCUCUGUAACCUGUUCAUAAGAGCAGGCAAUUUUGGGGUAGCAUGAACCGGGGACAGUCAUUACGUUUAGAAAAAAAAAUGAAGUUUUUUAGGGAAGUGAGAGUAGUAUAGGUUUGGAAAGAAUUGCUUCUUUUAAAAAAGAAGUUGUGCGUGUUUUCUUUUUCGACGCAACAGUCUUGUACAAAUGUAUAUUUUUUGUCCCCAUAUUGUACAUAUAAUUGUAUACACAAGGUGCAUAUAUUAAAAUAUUUUAUUCAGUGUUACGCUUCAUAACAA